AUGACGACACGAACUCAACUACAAACCCAUUUCGGUCGGCUCAUGGACCUCGCGUCCCAACCUUCCCCGCCUCUCAAGCCUACCUUUUGGGACAAUCUCGAUCUCGAUGGCAGAAAAGCAUCCGUUAGCCAGGAUCGAUCAUGGGAAUUUAAUAAGGAAUUCGCCUGGGACCCCAUCGGGUCAGUGAAAGACGAAUGGAACGAUUCUAUCUAUCCGAGGACAAUCAAGCCUCUUCUCCAACACAACACGAGAAAAAUAUACCAUGGCGUCAAGAAACAGACUCCUUACAGUGUGUGUUGCUGGAUGAUUGGCAAGGAGUGGCAUUUGUCCUAUCCAGCUGCGAUCAUCAUCUGCGGAAAUAAGAAGGUCACCAAGAAUGCUGUAAAAUUGAUUGAACGGCACGGUGAGCUCGUCCGUACUUGGGGCUUCCGGGUUUAUGGAUACGAGAGUAAGGUUUCAUUGACUAUGGGCACCUCUGGAAGCGACAUUGAUGAGGGAUCUCCUCUCUGCGCUAUCAGUGGGACACGUUUCACAAUUAGAGGCAGCGAUGGAAUGUCGAGUCGAAUAGCGACUCUUGGAGGGAGUAUCAUGAUCGAUGGAGAAUUCUUCGGUGUGACAGUUGCUCAUCCCUUCAUGGAGAUCUCCCAGGCUCUCUCAUCGGAUGAAGAUGGCAGCGACAUGAGUGACAAUGAUAGCGACAUCUCAGACUGUAUUAGUUGCACAGAUGCCACCGAAUCGAUUCCUAUCGAAUCUGUUAUGCCUGAAUCCGAGGUGGCCUUGGUGGAAGACCCAAUAUCUCACCAAGAAACGAUUCUAGGAACAAUUCCGAAUCAAUCUUACUUCUCGCAAAACGCAGACUGGGCUCUUAUCGAACUUCGACCAGCUGCCCUCGCUAUCAAUCUUCUAGCCUUGGGUGACAAGACUGUGAUUCCAUGUCGGAUUCAACGAUAUCCGGCCGAUGGGGAGCUUUGGGUGGCAGUGAACCCUGCAGGGCCAGUACAAACAAAGGCUUCGCCAUCAAUAUGUGGCUUAUUUGUUCCGUUCUCUGGGAUGCAAGACGUUUGGGCCACGAGUUUGAAGCCAACACCUGGAUAUUGUGGAUCUUGGAUUGUAGAUGCCUCCCAACAAGCAAUAUGUGGCAUCAUUGUGGCAGGGUCGGAAUCGAAUGAUAUUUCUUUCGCUCUGUCUGCUUGGAAUAUCUUCGAAGAAAUACAAGCACGCUUUCCACUGAUGAAGCUUCAAUCUUUGAAGGAUAUUGUGACACUGCCGGUACAGCACUUUACUAAUAUCAUUCGCAAGGCAAAAGAGCUUGGCCUUUCCCAUUUUGUGAGUGAGAUGGUAUCGAAGCGCCCCGGACUGAACGAAAUGGACUCAAGCGGGUAUAGCCCUCUAUGCUGGGCGAUACAAGAGGGAUAUGAGGCAGUAGUUGCUUCACUCCUAGGUGGAGGAGCUAGUCCACAUGUGAUUGGCGCACCUUUAAACUUGAGUCCUCUAGAGUUGGCUGUACAGAAAGGGCAUGUGGCUAUCGUACAGCUCAUUCUCUCUUCUGGUGCAGAUCCCAACUCACCAACCAGCAGUCCUCGACAAAGAACACCCUUGAUAAUUGCAGCAGAACGAGGCCACCGAGACCUCACUAUUCUUCUGAUAAUGAGCGGUUCCAGUGUAAAUACCUACGACGCUUUUGGCAGCGGCCCUUUGGCAGUGGCGGCACGAUAUGGGGAUGAAGAAGUCAUACGAAUCCUGCUUUCUAGGGGUGCUACAGUCGACGCCGCGGAUUCUGUUGGCGUCACUCCAUUAAUGCAGGCGGUAAUGUCGCAGAAUGAAAAAGCUACUAGCCUCCUGCUUGAAAACGGUGCCAAUGUCAACUGCUUCGAUUACAAUGGCUACACGCCAUUAUUAUUCACUGCUAUGGGCGGCGAUGCAGUCAUCGCUAGAAUCCUACUUGAAGGGGGUGCCAACCAACUAAGCAGACUGGAGGAUGGAGACACCCCGUUGAUAAUAGCAGCAAAGAACGGUCAUGAUCAAGUUGUCGAGGCUUUGCUUGAGCAACAGAAUGGCCCGGACAUUCCAAACGAGAGAGGCGAUACACCAUUGAUGAUGGCCGUCAUGAAAGGCCAUGUUCCUACUGUUGAGAUCCUUCUUCGUCACGGAGCAGACAUGCACAUACGCAACUUAUUCGGUCACACGCCGUGGUCUUUGGCACAGGGAGACGAUGAUAUGACCAAUUUGCUUCGUGACCAUUCGGCCAGUCAAGACCACAAGGGCAAGGGGCUGUCAUCGAUUAUUGAGCGUGAGCCGCGAUCCAAAAAUAUUCUGAAGUUUUUAUCACAGAGAAGUUCAAAUAUCAGCGAAUCGGGGCAAGAGAAGAAGCAGAAAGAGAAGCGGAAAUUUGAGGAAAGCAUAUGGAACAUGGACGAAUUCAUGGCUGAGCCUGAGGCUGGAUCACAUCGUGAACCAAAGUAA